GGAGAGCCCCCGCCCCGGGAGGAAGGGGAGGAGGCCGGGUGUUUCCUGGCGCAUUCCCGGCCAGCCCGAGUGACUCACUCGGCCAGGGAAACUCCCAGGGCCCGCCCAGGACCCCCAAGCCGCCGCGGACGCAGCCCAGGAUGGCGGCCCAGGUGACGCUGGAGGAUGCGCUGUCCAACGUGGACCUCCUGGAGGAGCUGCCUCUGCCUGACCAGCAGCCCUGCAUCGAGCCCCCGCCAUCCUCGCUGCUCUACCAGCCAAAUUUCAACACUAACUUUGAAGACAGAAAUGCAUUUGUUACUGGCAUCGCAAGAUACAUUGAACAAGCCACCGUCCACUCUAGCAUGAACGAGAUGCUGGAGGAGGGCCAAGAAUAUGCUGUCAUGCUGUACACCUGGAGGAGCUGCUCCCGGGCCAUCCCACAGGUGAAAUGUAACGAGCAGCCUAACAGAGUGGAAAUCUAUGAGAAAACCGUGGAGGUUCUGGAGCCUGAGGUCACAAAACUGAUGAAUUUCAUGUACUUCCAGAGAAACGCCAUUGAGCGUUUCUGCGGGGAGGUGAGGCGCCUGUGCCACGCCGAGAGGAGGAAGGACUUCGUGUCAGAAGCCUACCUGAUCACACUGGGCAAGUUCAUCAACAUGUUCGCUGUGCUGGAUGAGCUGAAGAACAUGAAGUGCAGUGUGAAGAACGACCACUCAGCGUACAAGAGGGCCGCUCAGUUUUUACGUAAAAUGGCAGAUCCACAGUCCAUCCAGGAGUCACAGAAUCUGUCCAUGUUCCUGGCCAAUCAUAACAAGAUCACACAGUCUCUGCAGCAGCAGCUCGAAGUGAUUUCUGGCUACGAAGAGCUUCUGGCAGACAUCGUGAAUCUGUGUGUGGAUUACUACGAGAACAGGAUGUAUUUGACGCCCAGUGAGAAACACAUGCUUCUCAAAGUCAUGGGAUUUGGUCUGUACCUGAUGGAUGGGAGUGUCAGUAACAUCUAUAAGUUAGAUGCCAAGAAAAGAAUAAACUUAUCCAAAAUUGACAAGUACUUCAAGCAGCUCCAGGUGGUUCCGCUAUUUGGGGACAUGCAAAUAGAACUGGCAAGAUACAUCAAGACCAGCGCCCACUACGAGGAAAAUAAAUCUCGAUGGACGUGCACAUCCUCCGGCAGCAGCCCUCAGUACAACAUCUGUGAGCAGAUGAUCCAGAUCCGCGAGGACCACAUGCGCUUCAUUUCGGAGCUGGCGCGCUACAGCAACAGCGAGGUGGUCACGGGCUCGGGCCGCCAGGAGGCCCAGAAGACGGACGCGGAGUACCGCAAGCUCUUCGACCUGGCGCUGCAGGGCCUGCAGCUGCUGUCGCAGUGGAGCGCGCACGUGAUGGAAGUGUAUUCCUGGAAGCUUGUGCACCCCACCGACAAGUACUCCAACAAGGACUGCCCCGACAGUGCCGAAGAGUAUGAGCGCGCCACGCGCUACAACUACACCAGCGAGGAGAAGUUUGCCCUAGUGGAGGUGAUCGCCAUGAUCAAAGGCCUGCAGGUGCUGAUGGGCAGGAUGGAGAGCGUGUUCAACCACGCCAUUCGGCACACCGUCUAUGCCGCACUGCAGGACUUCUCCCAGGUGACCCUCAGGGAGCCGCUGCGGCAGGCCAUCAAGAAGAAGAAGAACGUCAUCCAGAGUGUCCUGCAGGCUAUCAGGAAGACCGUGUGUGACUGGGAGACGGGGCACGAGCCCUUCAAUGACCCAGCCUUGCGGGGCGAGAAGGACCCCAAGAGCGGCUUCGACAUAAAAGUGCCACGCCGCGCCGUGGGACCCUCCAGCACUCAGCUUUACAUGGUGAGAACCAUGCUAGAGUCCCUCAUUGCAGACAAAAGUGGUUCCAAGAAAACCUUGAGAAGUAGCCUUGAGGGGCCCACCAUAUUGGACAUAGAAAAAUUUCAUCGAGAGUCAUUCUUCUACACUCACUUGAUAAAUUUCAGUGAAACGCUGCAGCAGUGCUGCGACCUGUCGCAGCUGUGGUUCCGAGAGUUCUUCCUGGAGCUGACCAUGGGCAGGAGGAUCCAGUUCCCCAUUGAGAUGUCCAUGCCCUGGAUCCUGACGGACCACAUCCUGGAGACGAAGGAGGCGUCCAUGAUGGAGUACGUGCUCUACUCCCUGGACCUGUACAAUGACAGCGCCCACUAUGCGCUCACCAGGUUCAACAAGCAGUUCCUCUACGACGAAAUCGAGGCCGAGGUGAAUCUAUGUUUUGACCAAUUUGUUUACAAGCUAGCAGACCAGAUAUUUGCCUAUUAUAAGGUUAUGGCAGGAAGUUUGCUUCUUGAUAAACGGUUACGAUCAGAAUGCAAGAAUCAGGGAGCCACGAUCCACCUCCCACCGUCUAACCGCUACGAAACGCUGCUGAAGCAGAGGCACGUGCAGCUCCUCGGCAGGUCAAUAGACCUCAAUCGUCUGAUCACCCAGCGCGUCUCAGCAGCCAUGUAUAAGUCCCUGGAACUGGCGAUUGGACGAUUUGAAAGUGAAGAUUUGACUUCCAUAGUUGAGCUGGACGGCCUGUUGGAAAUCAACCGCAUGACCCACAAGCUGCUGAGCCGGUACCUGACGCUGGACAGCUUUGACGCCAUGUUCCGGGAGGCCAACCACAACGUGUCAGCACCCUAUGGGAGGAUCACCCUGCACGUCUUCUGGGAGCUCAACUAUGACUUCCUGCCCAACUACUGCUACAACGGCUCUACCAACCGGUUUGUUCGGACAGUGUUACCAUUUUCUCAGGAAUUUCAAAGAGAUAAGCAGCCUAAUGCACAGCCUCAGUAUCUGCAUGGAUCCAAGGCUUUGAACUUGGCCUACUCCAGCAUUUACGGCAGCUACCGGAACUUCGUGGGACCUCCACACUUUCAAGUCAUCUGCCGGCUCCUCGGCUACCAGGGUAUCGCCGUGGUCAUGGAGGAGCUGCUGAAGGUCGUCAAGAGCCUGCUGCAAGGCACAAUCCUGCAGUACGUGAAGACGCUGAUGGAGGUGAUGCCCAAGAUCUGCCGCCUGCCCCGGCACGAGUACGGCUCUCCCGGUAUCCUGGAGUUCUUCCACCACCAGCUGAAGGACAUCGUGGAGUAUGCAGAGCUGAAGACAGUGUGCUUCCAGAACCUGCGGGAGGUGGGGAACGCCAUCCUCUUCUGCCUGCUCAUCGAGCAGAGCCUGUCUUUGGAAGAAGUGUGUGACCUGCUGCACGCGGCUCCCUUCCAGAACAUCUUGCCGCGAGUCCACGUGAAAGAGGGGGAGAGACUUGAUGCCAAAAUGAAAAGACUAGAAUCAAAGUACGCUCCGCUGCAUCUUGUCCCACUGAUUGAAAGACUGGGGACCCCUCAGCAAAUUGCCAUCGCAAGAGAGGGGGACCUGCUGACAAAGGAGCGCCUCUGCUGCGGCCUGUCCAUGUUUGAGGUCAUCCUGACACGGAUCCGGAGCUUUCUGGAUGACCCCAUCUGGCGCGGGCCUCUGCCCAGCAAUGGGGUCAUGCACGUGGACGAGUGUGUGGAGUUUCACAGACUGUGGAGUGCCAUGCAGUUUGUCUACUGCAUUCCUGUGGGGACACACGAGUUCACAGUCGAGCAGUGCUUUGGUGAUGGGCUACACUGGGCUGGCUGUAUGAUCAUCGUACUUCUUGGGCAGCAGCGGCGUUUUGCUGUGCUGGAUUUCUGCUACCAUCUACUUAAAGUCCAGAAACAUGAUGGCAAAGAUGAGAUUAUUAAAAAUGUGCCUUUGAAGAAGAUGGUGGAGAGAAUUCGCAAGUUCCAGAUUCUCAAUGAUGAGAUCAUCACCAUCCUGGAUAAGUACCUGAAGUCGGGCGACGGGGAGGGCACGCCAGUGGAGCACGUGCGCUGCUUCCAGCCGCCCAUCCACCAGUCCCUCGCCAGCAGCUGAGGGCACGCGCUACACUCCAUAACUCAACAUGGCAUGCCUUUCUCUCCAUAAACUAUUUAGUGAGAUUUUUAGGGACUAUUUUUCAGUAUCUCUGUACCUGUUAAAGGGGGUGCUUUUCAAUCUAAAAGCUUAAUUUUAUAAAAUUGACUUAUUUUUCUAGACUAAAAUUGUAUAUGCUUUUGGUAAUUAGGAACUCUUGAGAAUACUGGCUGCUGAUUGUUGCCAUCACGUUCUUACAAAAUUGUUUUUCUAUGGGAUGUUCUGGCAGCUGUGUCAUAAAAUGCUGCUGGGUUUAUUCAUUCAUUCCAUAAGAAACUUAAUACCAGCAAAUGCAUUAAAUCCCUUGCCAGUUACCAUUAACUGUAACUAUUUAGCUUUUGUUUAGGGAUCUUUCUGAUGGUCUUUUAUGAGCAAUCUUAGUUCUAAGUCAUUGUUCCCAUCCCUUUUUUGUGUGUUUCAGAAAAUAGUGAACUUGAUUCCCCUGCUUCCACUAAAUCCAGUUGUGACAAAAUCUAACGUGACAUCAGAUCAAAAGGUUAUAGAAAUAAAACUAAUGAAGAUCUA